CAUGGCAACCGCCCGCGCGGCCCUCCGUCCGCCAGGGGGCGCCGCCGCGGCCGCGCCCUCCCAUAACCCCCCGCGGCGGCGGCGGGCCCGCCUCUUCCCCGCCUCCAUCAUGGCGCAAGACCAGGGUGAGAAGGAGAACCCGAUGCGGGAGCUGCGGAUCCGCAAACUCUGCCUCAACAUCUGCGUCGGGGAGAGCGGGGACCGGCUGACCCGCGCCGCCAAAGUGCUGGAGCAGCUCACGGGCCAGACCCCCGUGUUCUCCAAAGCCCGGUAUACGGUGAGGUCCUUUGGGAUCAGGAGGAACGAGAAGAUCGCUGUUCACUGCACGGUGCGUGGGGCCAAGGCAGAGGAGAUCCUGGAGAAGGGGUUGAAGGUGAGAGAAUACGAGUUGAGGAAAAACAACUUCUCAGACACCGGGAACUUUGGCUUUGGAAUCCAGGAACACAUCGAUCUGGGCAUUAAAUACGAUCCCAGCAUCGGUAUCUACGGCCUGGACUUCUACGUGGUGCUGGGCAGGCCAGGCUUCAGCAUUGCUGACAAGAAACGCAGGACUGGCAACAUCGGGGCCAAGCACAGAAUUGGGAAGGAGGAAGCCAUGCGCUGGUUUCAGCAAAAGUAUGAUGGCAUCAUCCUUCCUGGUAAAUGAGCAGUUCCUGUUACCAAAAAAGUAAAUAAAAUUUUCUAACCCCUUA